UGUUAUACGUCACUUCCACGUCUCAGCGUUUGGCAAGUUGACCUCACUGUUAUAAAUUAGUGGUUAAGGUUCGCUAUUAUUGCCACUUUUCCAGCGCUAAAGGCUGUUUUGGAACCAGUGUUGCUUGUUCCGCGGGUGACUGGCUUUUUUUUUUUUGCAAACCAGUUAUUCAAGUUUCUGGUCUUUAAAAAACUCUGUGGCGUUACGGUAGCCGAGGAGGUUCCAGCGCGGCGGAAGUACCCCGCGGGUGGGUGUGUGCGCAAGGCCAGGGCCAGAGGGGCACGUGGCGCCGGGAGGAGAGAGAAUGUCUUUUCGAGGCGGAGGUCGUGGAGGCUUUAAUCGAGGUGGUGGAGGUGGCGGCUUCAACCGAGGCGGCAGCAGCAACCACUUCCGAGGUGGAGGCGGCGGUGGAGGCGGCGGCAAUUUCAGAGGCGGCGGCAGGGGAGGAUUUGGACGAGGGGGUGGCCGCGGAGGCUUUAACAAAGGCCAAGACCAAGGACCUCCAGAACGUGUAGUCUUAUUAGGAGAGUUCCUGCAUCCCUGUGAAGAUGACAUAGUUUGUAAAUGUACCACAGAUGAAAAUAAGGUGCCUUAUUUCAAUGCUCCUGUUUACUUAGAAAACAAAGAACAAAUUGGAAAAGUGGAUGAAAUAUUUGGACAACUGAGAGAUUUUUAUUUUUCAGUGAAAUUGUCAGAAAACAUGAAGGCUUCAUCCUUUAAAAAACUACAGAAGUUUUAUAUAGACCCAUAUAAGUUGCUGCCACUGCAGAGGUUUUUACCUCGACCUCCAGGUGAGAAAGGACCUCCAAGAGGUGGUGGCAGGGGAGGCCGAGGAGGAGGAAGAGGAGGAGGUGGCAGAGGUGGUGGCAGAGGCGGUGGUUUUAGAGGUGGAAGAGGAGGUGCAGGUGGGGGCUUCAGAGGAGGAAGAGGUGGUGGUUUCAGAGGUGAGUAUUUUAAAAAGUCUUUAAAUUGCUUAAUUUUUAAAAUUGAUAUCAUCUGGCAUUUUCUGUUUUUACGUAAGUUUAAUUUUCUCUGCCAGCAAGUGUAUAGAACACCAUGGUGUUCUUUGCUUAGCCUAAUUUGGGGUUUCAUUUUAUAUCACUUUUUUUGCCUUUUCAAUUAUUUCGCCUAAUUCUAAUUUGUUUUGCUUUAUUAUUAAUUUGAAAAAUAAAGGUGUAAUAUGAAUGACAGUUAAAUUUGGUAAAGUAUGUUUGCUAAACAUUAUUGGAACUAAUGCUGAUUUUAAACUUGAGAUUUAGGUUAUAAUACUAUUAAAAAUCCAUUUUCUGUGCCCUUAAUACUUUAAUUUUCUCUUAAUCAGGGAGAGGACAUUAAGUGAAACAGUUGACAGACAUCACCAGUUGACUUCUGCAUUAACCUGCAUGAUCUGUUUCUACUAUGGAUUAGAAACUUGUUUCUUGAACAAGUCUUGAAGAUCUUGGUCAUUUUAUGACAAUGGAUCUAAAAUGUCAGCAUCAUGCAAAGUGCAACGGAAUAGUGAAUUUUGCUCUAAAAGAGCAUGAACAAGUCUUUCUAAUGUUUUGUACAGUGCCUGGCACUCUGUGGGUGCUCAAUAAAUGGAUAGGAGUUUUCAUUUGAAGCAUAUUUGAAUUUUUAAAAUAAAGUGUUUUAUUCCCUUA